CUCCUCAAUGUAUUCGUUUGGAGAAUAAAUCUAGGGUUCCACAUAUUCUCACAAUAUUCAAGUUGGUGGCCAUGUUACAAGAAUCAUAGCUUGCCGAAAGCAAUCUCAUUCUAAAUAUAUCAACUCUGAGAAUAUAGUUAAGAUGAUAGAAAGAAUCUGGUUGAAAUAAAACUAACCACCCUAGGAAUCUUUCGGUUUUUUAGUGGACUUCUGCUGCUAGCUAGCGAGGUCCAUAGAAUGUGCAGGAAUCAAAUUCAUGGUCCUUAGCUUCUUCAUCGUCAUUUGAACCAGUCCAUCUGUGUGUAUCAAAUGGUCAUAACGUGUUCCAAGAUGAAAGUUUACGCAAAUGCAAUAAAGAAUAUGUGUUCUACUUGUUCCUUAGUGUGCGGAAAGGAAAAAAGUUUCCAUCUUUGAAAAGUACCUUUAGUAGUUUUCGAGCAUCUAAGUAAUAAAGCACCUCAUUUGAAUGUUCUUGUUUGGAGAAAACGAGUCCAACAUUGCCCUGUUUUAUAUAAAUAGAUGUAGGACUAGAAGCUAGAAGUAAAUCAAAUCUCACAUCUUUCUCUUCGACCCUUCUCCUAGUUUCCUUCCAUCAGAUCAAAUUUCAUCUCGGAUUUGAUCCUGGUGGAUUUGCGACACGUGGCAUUGUUCUAGGUCGUUUCAAAAACAAAACCCCAAGAUGGACAAGAUACAGUCAUUGAUAUCAGAGAACGGAGUUGUCAUUUUCAGCAAGAGCUCCUGUUGCUUGUGUUAUGCUGUGACCAUUUUGUUCCAAGAGCUUGGGGUGGAGCCAUUGGUUCACGAGAUCGACCAUGAUCCGGAGGGCUGGGAGAUGGAGAAGGCACUUGUGAACCGCGGGUGCACCUCGCCCCCUUUCCCUGCUGUAUUCAUUGGCGGCAACCUCAUUGGGUCCACCAAUGAGGUCAUGUCUCUCCACCUGAGUGGCUCCCUUCUUCCCCUGUUGAGGCCAUAUCAGAUACUGGCUUAGAAAAACUACGAAACUCGAAGAAAUAAGUCUGGCUCAAGACCAUGCUGCAGCUCGUUUUAUUAUUUUCUUAGCUUUUAUUAGUGUAACCCAAUUAGCUUAAAUGUCUAGAAAGGAAGUUUGAAUGUAGGAUGAUAUUAUUAGUAGCUUUCAGGUUAAUGAAUUUAGCUGUCUUGAUCUA